GCGAUAUCAUUGACAUGAGACUGGCCAGGAUACGAGAGAAGGAGUAUGCGGAAGAUGACAAUAUUGGCUCAUUCAUGUAUUUCUUCAAAUUCAAGAACAAGCAGUACUGCGUGGAUGCGACCGAUGAGACGUCAGACAAAGGGCGACUGAUAAAUCAUUCCGUGCUAAGGCCCAAUCUCAAAACUAAGGUUGUGGAAUUGAAAGGAACGAAACACCUCAUACUGGUUGCGAAGAGGGAUAUCGAGGUUGGCGAGGAAUUGCUUUACGAUUAUGGGGAUCGGACACCGUGUUCUGUUGCCGAAAAUCCAUGG